AUGCCACCCAAAGGAAAAGGAAAGAAGAACGCCCCCAAGCCCUGCAUUCGGUGUCCCACGAGACCGAUUGCUGAUUAUUGCAAUGCCACGCACAAGAAGGACCUCAGCAAAUGCCAGGCCCAAAAGGACAACAGCACCAACGAAAUGUGGCGCGGCUUCAUCGAUGCUCCAAUCGACAAUCCCUCCACCAUCCUACCUUCCAACGCUGAGUGCCAAGCUGCCAUCGACCAGGCUGUCAGCAUCGACGCCGCUGCCAGAACCACCGUCGGACCAGACAACUUCGCGGACGACGACGCUUUCGAGGAGGCCGUCACCGCAGAGAUCGCAAAGCAAAAUGCGGAGUACAGCACGUCGGUCCCCCUCUCCAAGCAGCUUCUGGAAUAUGCCUUCGAUCAAGUUCACCGCUCGGCACACGAUGAGGCCAAGCCCAAGAGCGCUGGCAAACAGAAGAUCAAGCCAUCAGCUCAGAGCAACGAGCCGGAAGCCAGCACCACGAAGGCACUUCAAGAGCUUACCAUUCAAGAGAAUGUGCCGGAAGCAAGCGCCACAAAGGACUCUGGUGUUUCGGAGAGCACUCAAGCUUCUGAGACUGACGGCAAACUCGACAUUUCCAGUCUCGGCAUCACAGACUUGCCAGUUACCCUCCAUCACUGCGGCGACUUGAAAGAAUGCAUGAAAGGCUAUCGGCGCGACGAGAACGAGCCCAGUAGUCUGUGGUGGGCCUACAGAGAUGAGCCAGAUCAGACCACACCACAGAUUGCGCCGCUGCUCCCCACAGAGCAAUCUUGUCAGAAGUUCCUAGCCAUGGUGGAGGAGAAGAACAAGGUGUGGAUUGAAGAAGCACGAGAGAAGUACCCUGCAGAUCUCGAGCUUCAGAUCAACUCCGUUUGUCUUGACCGAGACCGGCACAGGCACGACGGACGGUUCAUCACAAGGCAGAUGCUGGAGCAUGCCGCAAACACGUGCUAUGGUCCUCCAGUUGACGACUCGCUGUCUGAUGGAGGUGCAGAUGGACAGCAUCGUGCGCAAGAUCAAGGAAAUGCACCAACCGCAGACGGAGAUCAGACUGCCUCCGGCGAGACCACUGCCAGCACCGGCACUCUUCCAAAGGAGAUUCCUGAGAACAGCUUGUACAGUGCUUCUCGGCCCCAGCAGAGUGCCACCACAGCUACCGCCCAGUCUUCAGGCACGUUGGUCACCAACCACUUCAAGGUCACAGUCAGCGGAAAUCGAAGCCUCUACGAGUACCAGGUCGUCGGGCUUCACGAGAAAGACCUGAACCUUUCCAGCCCAAAGAAGAAGGUCUUGAUGGAGCGAUUGAUCGAGUUGUCCGGCAAGUUGAACAACAAUCGAGACUCCUUUGCAUUCAACAAGGAAGGCAGAAUCAUUGCUUGGACUCCGCUUGAUCAGAACCAGCAGGUUGACCAAUCGAUUGAGAGCAUCCAAGUGCCCGACUACAACAAGAAACAGGCAUCUGGGCAAGUAUCUCGCCAUCUCCGACUGGACAUCCUGUUCAAACGCCAGAUCAGUCUCGAGCAAUUCAAUCGAUACGCACAAGGCCAGAAUCCAGGCUACCAAGAGCGUGGCACGGCGCAAGCAAUAGACAUGCUUGUCAGUCACGGCGUUGCUCAAAAUGCAAAGUCUUCGACUGGUCAGAAUCAAAUCUUCCAGAUUGGCGACAAUCACUUCUUCUUGGCGUCUACGGCUAGAGACUUCAAUAAAUGGGGCAUGAUCGCUCUUCAAGGCUUUUCAAACAACCUCAAGGCUGGUCAGGGCAAUCUGCUUCUCAAUGUCAACACUGCUUUCAGUGUCUUCUACAAACACCAAGAUGUCGCUGCGUACCUUGCUCACUUCAACACGAACCACAUGAGCAUACCAGGCGACAAGAACGCGACGAACCAUCUCGUUGGUUUGCGAGUGCGCAUCAAGUACAAUCGUGCCAAGUCGAGUGACAAGGACAAGUCGCUUGACGACGACAAACGCCGGACGAAGACCAUUACUGGGUUCUCAACGACGUCUGCGCGUGCCACGAAGUUCGAAGACAUGGAGAAGAAACAGCAGGUCAGUGUCUGGGAUUUCUUCCAUGCGAACCAUCCAGCAGAAGCCAGCCGCAGCAACCCCAACCAGAUUUGCGUCAACACUGGAAGCACCGAUCCAGGCAAAGGAUGCUGGUAUCUUCCUGAUCAGCUGGAGGUCUUGCCUGGUCAGAUCUAUCGCAGAACGUUGGACACCGUCCACCGUGACAUGACAGGCGAGAUGAUCACAUUUGCAAGCAAAAAACCGGCGGAGAACCGGUCUACGAUAGAGCGGAUUGGUCUCACUGCACUUGGUCUUGGACGAACCCAGCAACAGCCGGCCGUAUUGCGUGGUUCGGGCAUUGCAAUUUCGUCCAACAUGAUGAGUGUCCCUUUCAGGCGCAUUCAGUCGCCAACCAUCCAGUACCGGUCUCAACGUAUCACGAACUUAUCAUCUUGGACUACGAGGAAUCAGAACUUCGUCAACACGCAGAACAAGCUGUACAAAGGGGUCAUCUUCACCUAUGCUCCUACUGCUACCAGACCCUCGAACAUGAAUGGUGUCAUGGCGGCUUUCAAGAGGGUCAUACCAAUGAAUGGCAUUGAUUUGAGGCCGCAAGUUGUCCGAGGGGGAGUUGCAGGAACGGCCGCGUUCUUGAAAGGACCGGAGGGCAAGUCAGCAGACCUCCUUGUCAUGGUGUUGUCUGGCCCUACAACGCGAGAAGCAUACGCAUCGUUCCGUUCUAUCGUCGACCAGGAGUGCGGAAAGCCAUCUCUUGUGCUGAAUGCGGAUACCAUGAAAGACAAGGAUCAGAAUCCUUACAUGGCAGGCAAUGCCAUGAAGGUCAAUAUUCGUAUUGGCAACGAGAACCACCUUGUUCAAGGAGGUUUCAACGCACUCCUCGCGGGGGCAGAUUGCGACACAUUGGUUCUGGGAGCUGACCUGAUCCACCCAAAGCAGAACAGUGUCAAGCCCAUGCCGACGAUUGCUGCUCUUGUUGGAAGUGUCGACGGGAGAUUCGCCACGUUCCUCGGAUCUGCUCGCCGCCAGGAGAGAGGCAAAGAGUACAUCGACUCCACCAGCAUGACGAGCAUGGCAACCGAACGUAUUGCCGCUUGCAAGAAUAAGAAUGGCGGCAGAGCACCUGCUCGCAUUCUUUACUACCGAGACGGUACCGGGAAGACUCAGUUCCAAGAUGUCCACACAUAUGAGAUUCAGGCCAUCAAGACUGCAUGGGAGAACGAAACCCGCGACAAAACCCUUCGUCCGCUGCAGAUGACCACGGUCAUGUGGGAACGGAAGCAGGACGGGCAACUGCCACUCGUGGAUCGAGUCAUCACGUCUCCGGAGAACUUCGACUUCUUCCUUCAAUCCCACGACGUCGUCACCACAGGCACAUCAGCCAAACCAACCCACUACGUCGUCCUGGAGAACGGCAUGAAUCUGAGCGAGCACAACCUCCAAGAUCUCACCAACAGCUUCUGCUACAAUUUCGCCCACUCCACCAACGCCGUCUCCUACGCCUCCCCCGCUUACUUCGCCGACAAACUCUGCGAGCGCGCCAGCUUGUAUCUGUGGAAGUACUUUGACAACCACAAGGAGGUCUGGGAUGAGACCGUCGAAGUUCUGCAGGAUGCAAUCGAGAGAGCCUGGGAGAAGGGCGGCCAGGGACCCAACGGCAACCCUUGGCACAAGAACCUCAACGACAAGAUGUUCUGGAUGUGA